CCGGUGCGCUCAGAGCGGGUGAGGACUCAAACCCCAGCACCGUGCAUGGUAGGAGGGAGACCUUACCGCUCGCAGUCAUGUUGGUAUGGGUGUUACUGCUAACGUCUCUGGCGGCGGCCGCAGAGAAUGAAAAUCCUUCUGCCAUUGUUGCGAAACUCACCGUCGCGAAGCUGAAAGAAGUCAUGAAGGAAGUGGUGACAGAAGUACUCAAUCAGAGAGAUAGGACUGCAAGGAACAAUGCAGCUCGGGAUAUUCCUCUGCACAAUAACUGCACUGAUUCGAGUGAAUACAACGACUGCCACUUAGUUGUGCGGAAAAACUUAUGUAAUGGGACAGAGUAUUUUGCUCGUUACUGCUGCCGGUCGUGCACUCUGGCCAAACAGCUUCCCACUUAUGGCCCUCAUCUGCGGCAUGUGGCUGAAGCGCCCAUCGUGGCCAACAUACAGAAGGGGAAGACGGUGUUCCCUCGCGGGGCAAAGGUCACGAUCAACUGCGACGUGGCAGGGUAUCCGGCGCCAGAAGUAGUGUGGAUGCGCACCAACUCUACUAUUACUAGCUCAGACAAGUACCAGUUAAAAGUGAGAGCAACACCUGGGCCUUUGAUCCAGAAACUGCAGGCAGAUCUCACCAUCAAAGACUUCUCCAACAAUGACAUGGGCACCUACACCUGUAUGGCCAUCAGUCGCGUAGGACUCACCAAAAACAGUAUUGAUCUAUCUCAGGAGUUCCCUGUGCAAGCGGAGAUCACAACCGAAGUCAUUACCUAUCCUGUCGGGGCUGAGAUAACCCUCAACUGUCAGGUCCAUUCCUACUUGUCCUCCGCCGUCACCUGGUACAAUGGCGAGGACCUGGUUGUGGAAUCCGAAAAGUUUAAAAUAGUAGAGAGAAAAAUGAAAGAAAAUACCUUUGAGGUGUUGCGUAGCAGACUUACCAUCGUCAAUGCCCAGAAGAAGGAUACGGGCCACUAUGUGUGCCGGGCAGCAAACGAGGAGGGAAUCGCACGCAGUUCAAAAAAGAUAUUUGUAUCAGAUGCUGUUAUUCACCCAAACUGCACCGAUAUCGCUGAACCGAAAGAAUGUGCAAACGACUACUCUAGAUGUAGCCACCAGGAAUAUGUUGCCAAGUAUUGUUGCCGCACGUGCACCAUGACGGGGAUUUUGCCGCCAUGGGGACAACAUCUCAUGACGGACGCAAAAGCGCCGCUGGAGGUGGACAUCACUCCGCCCUGGGGGACCUUCCCUUACGACUCUGUGGUGGCGCUGCACUGCACGGGCGGAUCCUAUCCGGACAAGCCGAAUGUCAGGUGGAUGAAGGACGAAACGCCCAUUCAGGAAUCCAGGAAGUAUCAAAUAAAAGAAGAGGUUGUGCAGCGCUCCUUCAAAGUGCAAGUGAUCUCCAUCCUCCGCAUCACCAACUUGCGCGUGAGUGACUCGGGCCGCUACCGUUGCGUGGCGUCGCGCGGGCCAGAGGAGAGCGAGGAUUCCGGCUUGCUGAGCUUCACGCUGAACGGAACGGCCGAAUUCUUGGAUUAGGUCCAAACGACUCGGUCUUCGACUUUUGCCACCCAAGGUCUGACUGCACGCGCUUCGUAGUGAUGAAGACUGUAGUGAUGACUGAUUCUCAGGUUUCAUGAAGGCCUUUCUCCUGUAACCAAGUGUAUUUUGUGGGA